UAUUUUUAAGAGAAGAAACACUGGACCGAGGGUCAUUCGGGAAGCUGGCGGACUGGCAGCAAUGUACUCCCGGGCGCUGCUCGCGUGCCUAGUUGCUCUGAGCCACUGUGCUCUUGCAGCGAAAGUCUGUCCCAGGCCACCAGAAGUGCUAUUUGCCACAGUUGAUGUAAACAAAAGCGUGUAUGAAGUGGGUGAGGAAAUAGAAUAUACCUGUAGGCCCGGGUUCGUCCCCAAUAACGGCCAAAGGAAGUACACCUGCCUCCCGACCGGCAAGUGGCCUCUCAAUACGCUGUUAUGCCUACCAAAGAGAUGUCCCAGUCCUGGACCCUUGCAGCAUGGAAAAAUGGAUUUUAUAGACCACCACUAUCAGAGUUCUAUAAGUUUUUCAUGUGAACCAGGUUACAACCUCGUUGGGACAAGAACGAGCCAAUGCAUGGCAGAUGGAAAGUGGAGUGGAACUCUUCCACAGUGUCAACCGGUGACUUGUGCACCUCCCUCACUUCCUGAAUUUGGAGUCCUUUCUUACCGUCACUUAAAACCUGGAAAUAUUUUUAAGUUCCUGGACACAAUUACUUUUGAAUGUGUACCUCCUCUCGCACUUAUUGGGAAUGAGACAGCUACCUGCAUGCCCAACGGGAACUGGAGCAGCAUUCCAGAGUGCAAGGUUGUCACAUGCCCCACUCCAACAGGAAUAGAAAAUGGAUUCAUAGAGUUGGUUGUUCGUAGAACAUAUCACUAUAAUGAAAGCAUCAGCUUCGGCUGCCACUCCAGCUACGUGCUGGACGGACCUAAGCAUUCCCGAUGUGAAAAGACUGGAAACUGGUCCACAAAGCCAACCUGUAAAGGACCAUGUAAAAUACCAGUUAAGAAAGCUGUGGUAUUAUACAAUGGCGAGAAGAAAAGAGUUCAGAACGACCUUAAGGAAGGCAUUCAGCAUGGUGAAACUAUAUCCUUCUUCUGCAAGAAUAAAGAACAAUCCUGUGCCUAUACCGUAGCUGUUCCAUGUGUGGAUGGCAACCUUACUCUCCCCGCCUGUUUCAAAGAACGUGGCUUUUUUUCAUCUCUUGUGAAGAAGGACCCAUCAGACAUGAAACCAUGUGAAGAUCAAGCAUGAACCAGAGAAUUAAUGCAGUACUAAAUUUCUGCCUUACUGAGACACAACAUUACAUGGAAUAGAGGAAAACUUAGCUCCCAUGAGUGUAAACUUCCAGGCGAACUCCAGACUCUCUGUGAAUGCAGUCUCAGCUGUUUUCCCAACCACCAUCCCUACCAGCCUCCUUACAAGCUGUGACACAUUAUUUCAGCCAUUAACUUUCAUUCUCUUUUCUCUGCCUUCUUCAAAAUACCCACAAUACUGCUUCUCUUUCCGUAUGUCCAACAUUUAUGCAAUUGUAAAUGACCUUCUCAAUAGCAGUCCCUUUACAAUAAAGUAAUUUUCAGCC